UACGAACUAGCAUUAGGAAUGUAGGCAUCCAAUAUCCGGGCUCGUCCACAUAUUUUUCAUCGACGGCCUCCAAAAUUUGUCUUCGUUCAACGCUUCAAGCUCGGCGCGCUUCUCUUGUUGUAGCUGUAAUGGACACGCAAAAGAUCCUCUGUUCUCUUCUCUGCUGCUUCCUGAUCUCGUCUAUUCUCUCAGGGCAACAAGCGGUGCAAGCUGGACAUCAUGAUAAUGUUCCCUCUAAUAUUCGUCCGCUAAAGCUCUUCGUCUUUGGAGAUUCUUAUGCUGACACAGGCAACACCAAUAAAACUCAAGUCGCUUGGAAAUAUCCCUAUGGCAUCACCUUUCCGGGAAAAGCAGUUGGUCGUUUCUCCGAUGGCCGUGUCCUCUCCGAUUACGUUGCAAAGUUCUUAGGAGUCGAGUCUCCGAUUCCAUAUGAAGGGUGGAAAUCAUCAUCACGUGGGAUUCCAUUGUUGAAAUACGGAAUGAAUUUUGCUUAUGGAGGCACGGGUGUAUUUGAUACCGUUCUCCCCGGCCCAAAAAUGACAGUCCAGAUCGAUUUCCUCGAACAUCUUCUCAGAGAUAACGUGUUUACCGGUAAAGACCUAGAGCGCUCCGUGUCCUUUGUCAGUUUCGCUGGUAAGGACUACUUUACUUACAUAGUCACGAACGGAUCUGCUGAGGGAUUGCAAUCUUUCAUUAGGACAGUGGUCAAUCAACUUGCUAUCAACUUGAAACGAAUUCAUGGCUUGGGAGUUAAAAAAAUUGGCGUGACAGGUAUUGUGCCUUUUGGAUGUCUCCCUGUUUUCACAGGCACAUCCUCAUUGCAACAGUGCAAUGAGAAUUAUAACUCGUUCCUCGGUUUCCACAAUGUUCUAUUGAAGCAAACCGUGGAAAAGCUGAACAAGGAAACAAAGGAUUCUCCCUUUUUCAUUUUUGAUCUUUAUGCUUCCUUCACGUCCGCCAUCAAGAACGAAGGAAGUAUAAAGUUUGAGAACCCAUUGAAGCCAUGCUGUUUGGGUACUAGUGCUGUAAGCAGGGAAAUUUUGCUCUGUGGGAGGGUAGAUGAAAAUGGAGCCAAGCUAUAUACACUUUGUGAGAAUCCCAAAUCAUCAUUCUUUUGGGACGUAGCUCAUCCUUCCCAGGAGGGAUGGCGUGCUGUCUAUUCAGCUUUGCAAGCCACUCUUGAACAAGAUUUUCUCCAGUACUAGAUCAUAUACAUCAGUUCGGCCAAAAAAUAAAUAACUAUAUAUUAAGCAAUAAUGCAGGCCAGCUGCUUUGUAUAAUGAAUAAUCUCCUCUGCAGGCAUAUAUAAUUACCAAUAAGUACUACGCUAUUAGCUACGGCGCGAUCCUCAAGUACUACUUGCCCUCUGUCUAAAAUAUUUUCCAAAUAAAUCAUAUGUAAUAAUAGAAAUAAAAUUAUCAUUUUAUAAUUA